GGAGGCGCGAUCUACUUAGCACGUGAUCCUGACAGAGAUGGGCCGCAUCUGGUCAGCAAUGUCUUCUUCGCCCGCGCCCGUCGCUGAGGACGGGCAUGAACGCUCGGUGACCGUUCUCUAUGCCACGGAGACAGGGACAGUUGCGGACAGAAUUGCUGCGCAGUGUCGUCGCAUCCACGUACGAGCUCGGGUGCAUAACCUGGAGACAUACACACCGGACAACCUCAUCUCUGAGGACCUCGUCCUCUUCUCCGUUGCAACGACCGGGUCAGGUCGUGAGCCGAGGGCCCUCACGCCCCUAUGGAACUUGCUUCUGCGCUCAGAUCUGCCACGAGAUCUCUUCGAAGACCUCUCAUUUGCCGUAUUUGGCCUCGGCGAUUCUGCGUACGAGAAGUUCUGCUGGCCUGCGAAGUUGCUGUCUCGAAGGCUCGUAGGCCUCGGAGCGGGAGAAAUAUGCGCACGUGGUGAGGGCGACGACCAACAUCAUCUCGGGAUAGACGGGGCAUUCGAGCCGUGGCUUCACAAACUGAGCGAAGCAAUCCUAGAGUUAUACCCCUUGCCACCUAGCGUGAAAGUGCAAUCCGCGGAUGGUCUACCUCCCGCCCGAGUGUCGAUCACAGACGCUGGUGCACAGACGCUGACUGCAUGUCCAAAUCCUCUCGAUGACGAUCCUCAGCACUACACUGCGACUGUCUCCUGCAAUCGCCGCAUAACAGCUGAAGACUGGUAUCAGGACGUCCGGCAUUUUGAGCUCAACUUCGAUCAAGACAUCCGAUAUGAACCAGGCGACGUAGCAGUCGUCCACCCAGAAGCUCAGCCUGCAGACGUAGACGCCUCCUUCACAGCUGACGACCCCAUCACUAUCACGCAUAUACUUCAGGUGACUCAGUCGCCUAACACACACCAAUCGUUACCUCAGUUCCUCCCGCCUACGACCACUCUCAGGACGCUGUUCACGAAACAUCUAGAUAUCAGCGCUGUUCCCCGUAGAUCAUUCUUCGCAUUGCUUAGACAGUUUGUGUCCGAUGAGCUUGAAGCCGAGAGGCUAGAUGAAUUCCUCAGCGAGGAAGGCGCGGACGAACUGUACGAAUAUUGUCAAAGACCGCGAAGGAUGAUCCGCGAAGUCCUGGAGGAGUUUCGAUCCGCAGACAUCCCUCGUACGCACUGUUUCAUCGAUUGUUCAUACAAAACUAUGCUCCGAAUACCUCGGCUGGGGCUCUGCACUGAUUACAUGUCGCGGUUGCAGCCAGGCGAUAAGUUGCCUAUCGGCCUCAUGAAAGGCCUAUUCAGCCUACCUCAAGACGGUGCGACACCCAUCGUCUGCGUCGGACCUGGUACAGGUGUUGCGCCCAUGCGUUCGAUUAUUGAAGACAGAACGUAUGACGGUUCUACAGUGCGUACUUUUCUCUAUGCAUGCAUGGAAAACAACACCUUGUACUUCGGGUGCCGUUGCGAGUCGAAGGACCAGCACUACGCGGCCGAAUGGCACGCAUACGAAGAGAGCGGCUCUCUGACAUACCGCACGGCGUUCUCGCAGGAUGUCCCAGAAGGCACACCGCGAAGGUAUGUGCAGGACGUCAUGCGCGAGGACUCGCGGAGUAUAUGGAGGCUGCUCGGCGUAGAGGGCGGCUGGCUGCUAAUCUCGGGGUGAGUAAAAUACACAUUUUCGAAUGUAUGG